AUGUGGGGGUGGGGCGAGGGGAGACUCUGUGCCUCCUUCAGUCCUCAGCUGCUGUCCCCCGCAGCCUGGCCGGGGGGCUCCCCGCCCGCCCCCCAGCCCCUCCCGCUGGGCAAGACCCGAGGACACCCACCCUUUCAGGCCCAUAAUGGGGAUCUUACAGCCCGGGAGACCUGCAAGGCUGGAUUCUCCGAAGAAGACUACACGGCACUAAUCUCGGAGAAUAUUCUGGAAGGAGAGAAGCUUCUCAAAGUCUCGUUCAGCAGCUGUCUGGGGACCAAGGGGACCCAGUAUGAGACCAACAGCGUGGACUUCAAAGUGAGGGCGGACGGGACGGUCUUUGCCACCCGGGAGCUGCGGAUCCCCUCCGAGCAGGUGGCCUUCACCGUGACCGCGUGGGACGGCCAGACGGCCGAGCGAUGGGAUGCCGUGGUGCGGCUGUUGGUGGCCCAGCCCUCGUCUGCGCGCCCGGCACACAAGAAAGGGAAGCCGAGUGCCGGUCUGGACGCCUCUCAGCCUCCGAAUGACACGCUGUUGCCGUGGCCCCAGCACCAGAAUGCCAACGGGCUGAGGAGACAGAAACGAGACUGGGUCAUCCCACCCAUCAACGUGCCAGAAAAUUCCCGCGGGCCCUUCCCACAGCAGCUGGUGCGGAUCCGGUCCGACAAAGACAACGACAUCCCCAUCCGGUACAGCAUCACGGGGGUGGGUGCCGACCAGCCCCCCAUGGAGGUCUUCAGCAUCGACUCCAUGUCUGGACGCAUGUAUGUCACUAGGCCCAUGGACCGGGAGGAGCGAGCCUCCUACCACCUCAGAGCCCACGCCGUGGACAUGAACGGCAACAAGGUGGAGAACCCCAUCGACCUGUACAUCUACGUCAUCGACAUGAAUGACAACCGUCCCGAGUUCGUCAACCAGGUCUACAACGGCUCUGUGGACGAAGGCUCCAAGCCAGGCACCUACGUGAUGACGGUCACGGCCAAUGACGCUGACGACAGCACCACGGCCAACGGGAUGGUGCGGUACCGGAUCGUGACCCAGACCCCACAAAGCCCAUCCCAGAACAUGUUCACCAUCAACAGCGAGACGGGGGACAUUGUGACGGUGGCAGCUGGCCUGGACCGAGAGAAAGUGCAGCAGUACACAGUCAUUGUCCAGGCCACAGACAUGGAAGGGAACCUCAACUACGGCCUGUCGAACACGGCCACGGCCAUCAUCUCGGUGACGGACGUGAACGACAACCCGCCGGAGUUCACCACGAGCACGUACGCAGGGGAGGUACCCGAAAACCAGGUGGAGGUGGUGGUUGCAAACCUGACCGUGAUGGACCGAGAUCAGCCCCACUCGCCAAACUGGAACGCCUUCUACCGCAUCAUCAGCGGGGACCCCUCGGGGCACUUCAGCAUCCGCACGGACCCCGUCACCAACGAGGGCAUGGUCACCGUGGUUAAGGCAGUCGACUACGAGCUGAACAGAGCGUUCAUGCUGACCGUGAUGGUGUCCAACCAGGCGCCCCUGGCCAGUGGGAUCCAGAUGUCCUUCCAGUCUACGGCAGGGGUGACCAUCUCCGUCGUGGACAUCAACGAGGCACCCUACUUCCCCUCGAACCACAAGCUGAUCCGCCUGGAGGAGGGCGUGCCCACCGGCACCGUACUGACCACGUUUUCGGCAGUGGACCCCGACCGGUUCAUGCAGCAGGCCGUGAGAUACUCCAAACUGUCGGACCCAGCAAACUGGCUGCACAUUAAUGCCACCAACGGUCAGAUCACCACGGCAGCCGUCCUUGACCGCGAAUCCCUCUACAUCAAAAACAACAUCUACGAGGCCACCUUCCUGGCAGCUGACAACGGGAUCCCCCCUGCUAGUGGCACCGGAACCCUCCAGAUCUAUCUAAUCGACAUCAAUGACAACGCCCCCGAGCUGCUGCCCAAGGAGGCACAGAUCUGUGAGAAGCCCAGCCUGAACGCCAUCAACAUCACCGCGGCCGAUGCCGACGUUGACCCCAACAUUGGCCCCUACGUCUUCGAGCUGCCCUUUGCCCCGGCCGCCGUGCGGAAGAACUGGACCAUCACCCGCCUGAACGGUGACUAUGCUCAGCUGAGCCUGCGUAUCCUCUACCUGGAGGCUGGAAUGUACGAUGUCCCCAUCAUCGUCACAGACUCCGGGAACCCUCCGCUGUCCAACACGUCCGUUAUCAAGGUCAAGGUGUGCCCGUGCGACGAGAACGGCGACUGCACCACGGUUGGCGCCGUGGCGGCGGCUGGUCUGGGCACCAGCGCCAUCGUGGCCAUUCUCAUCUGCGUCGUCAUCCUGCUCACCAUGGUCCUGCUGUUCGUGGUGUGGAUGAAGCGGAGGGAGAAGGAGCGCCACACCAAGCAGCUGCUCAUCGACCCCGAGGACGACGUGCGUGACAACAUCCUCAAGUACGACGAGGAAGGGGGCGGCGAGGAGGACCAGGACUACGACCUCAGCCAGCUGCAGCAGCCGGAGUCCAUGGAGCACGUGCUGAGCAAGGCCCCGGGGGUGCGGCGGGUGGACGAGCGGCCCGUGGGCGCCGAGCCUCAGUACCCGGUCAGGCCCGUGGUGCCGCACCCGGGAGACAUCGGGGACUUCAUCACCGAGGGCCUCCGAGCCGCGGACAAUGACCCCACAGCUCCCCCCUACGACUCCCUGCUGGUCUUCGACUACGAAGGCAGCGGCUCCACCGCGGGCUCCGUCAGCUCCCUCAACUCGUCCAGCUCCGGGGACCAAGACUACGAUUACCUGAACGACUGGGGGCCCAGGUUCAAGAAGCUGGCGGACAUGUACGGAGGCGGCGAGGAGGACUGAGCCGCAGAGGGGCCUGUGGGAGGCGCCGGGCCGCCCGGCUCCCUGCGGACGUGUCCUUUAGUGGUGUGUUAGGGGGUCCCUCCCCGCCCCAGCCCCCCCAACAGGCGCGCGUCGCCCACCGCAGUAGCUGGCUGGCGCUGGAGGAGAGCGCGAGGCACUCUGUCUUAACUUGAAUUUCCUAGAACAGAAGCACUGUUUUUAAAAACAAAAAAAGAAAAGUGCCUUUUGGUACAUGUAUCAGA